UAAGUGUUUAGCUUGCAAAAAAGACAUUAGAGUCCCGAUAUAUACAUGUAAGUAUGAAACCUAUUGUCCUAAAUGGAACGGGUUUUUUCCUGAAAAAAAAGUUUUCUUUUUACAUAAAAACAUGGACGCUUGUGAUACUGUUUGAAUUGCAAUCGUGAUCAAACGUAUCGCAGUUUCCAUCUUAAAUAUCCGUUUUUAGUCGAAUGAGAGAAGCUAUGCUGUGAGUGGGCCAUACAUGACGAAUGAGAGACGCCAUGCUGUGAGUGGGUCUUACAUGAGAAUGAGAGAAGUUAUGCUGUGAGUGGGUCAUACAUGACGAAUGAGAGAAGCUAUGCUGUGAGUGGGCAAUACAUGACCAAUGAGAGAAGUUAUGCUGUGAGUGGGCCAUACAUGAGAAUGAGAGAAGUUAUGCUGUGAGUGGGCCCUGCAUGACAAAUGAGAGAAGCUAUGCUGUGAGUGGGUCAUACAUGACGAAUGAGAGAAGCUAUGCUGUGAGUGGACCAUACAUGACGAAUGACGAUGUAGUAAGCCGUGUGCGACUUCCCCUAAAUAUUUUUUCCCCCACAUUCCAGAAAUAUGUCAUUUUCUACCCACAUUCUAUUACAUUAACUGCCAAAUUGUAGAGGUGCGCGGUAUUACCGGUAUACCGGUAUGUUUUCGCUACCGGUAUGUACCGCGGUGCACGAGGCCAAAUACCGGUAUGUUCAAGUCCGACAACUCUUAACAAAAAUAUAAAAUGGAAACAAAGCAUAGAUAUAAAAAUAUACAAUAUAAAAUCUAAAUAUAUCUAUACAUUAAAAAAAUAAAUAUUUAUUAAAGAAACAAACAUCAACAUUUGUAUACGUUGUGACUCACUUUAUUUACAUUGUCUCUUCGUCAUGAUGUAAUGAAAGGUAUGUCUAACUACAGUACACAAUCGGCAAUACGUAUCAAGUAUUUUAAAAAAUAAAACGAUUUGAUUUUUAAUAAAAACAUAUCAAAAUUUUUAAAAACUGAUAGAAAUAAAUUUCAUUUCAAUAAGAAAACCUUUAAUAUUUGGUAGACUAUAAAAUUGUUUUUAUGUUGUAUGCUUUAUGCGGGUCAUAUACCGUUCCCGCCAAUUAGGCAAACCCCGAGUAAAAUGGAAGUAGCAGACACGGAUUUUGAGAUCGUACCAAAUAAAAGAGCAAAAUCCUCAAUUUGGAAACAGUUUGGUCUGAAGAAAAGGAAGUCAGAUGGAAGGAUUGAGGAAAGUGUUGCGAUUUGUAAACUAUGAGACUCUGUGAUCAAGUGUGCGGGAGGUGGCACUUCUAAUCUUACAGCCCAUUUACGCCGUCACCAUCCACUACAAGUUACAAGUACUACUACAGCUACCUCUGAAAAAAGUAACGCCGCGUCCCAUGGUUUUCAGCCACAAUCUCUGACUGUAGCUGGGAUGUUCGCUAAUAGACAGCUUUAUAAAUCUUCAUCACCCAAAGCAGUGGACAUUACGCAAAAAAUUGCUAAAUUUUUGGUCAAGGACCUUAGACCUUACAGAAUGGUUGACAGCCCAGAGUUUAGAGAUAUUGUCAAUGCAUUGGACCCGAGAUACCAAGUUCCAUCUCGAAAACAAUUUAGUGAGGCCAUCAUCCCUAAAAUGUACAACGCAGUGAAGGAAAAUGUACUAAAAACCUUGUCAUCAGCAACACAGGUGGCAAUCACUAGUGAUGGAUGGACCUCGAGGUCAACCGAGUCAUAUGUCACUGUCACGGCAACCUUUGUUGAUGCAAAUUGGGAGAUGCAGAAUUAUGUUCUUCAAACCAGGCCCAUGCCAGAAAGUCAUACAGCUGAAAAUGUGGCAUCUGUCAUCAGGGAGGCCUGUAAAGAAUGGAAACUUCCAAGUCCUCUUGGUCCUCCGCCACUGGUGUCUGACAAUGCAGCAAAUAUGUUAAAAGCAGGGCAGAUAAUUGGGUGCAUUCACAUAGGAUGUUUAGCUCACACUCUGAAUUUAGCAGCACAACGUUCCCUGAAAGUGAAAACUGUCUCUAAUCUGUUGGCCCGUAUCAGAACCAUUGUUGCAUUUUUUCAUCGCAGCACUGUGGCAGCAUCAGUUUUAAAAGCCAAGGCAGAACUGUUGACUAUCCCAAACCACAAACUCAAAAUUGAUGUGUGUACCAGAUGGAAUUCUACCUUUGAUAUGAUUGAGAGAUUUCUAGAAAUGCAGGCUGCUGUCAUAGCUUCACUUAGAUGCAAGGAAUUAUCACAUAUUAAGAACAAGGAUAUAAGCAACCUAAGUGAUGAGAGUGUCUCUCUGGCAGAAAACAUUGCAGCUUGUUUGAAACCCUUAAAGGACAUGACCACUAUGCUCUGCACUGAAUCCACUCCAACUCUUUCUGUGAUUAUGCCACUUCAUCGACAGCUCAUCACCAACAUUCUAGUCGCAAAAGAGGAUGAUUCCCACACAGUUGUGGAGAUGAAGAAGCUUAUGAAAAAUGAUUUGGAAUCAAGGUAUGCAGACAAGAAAGACUUUCUCAACAUGGUGUCAGCCAUUGAUCCUCGUUUUAAAUCUUUACCAUAUCUCACUGAUGAAGAAAAGACAGAUGUGUUUGACCAUGUCACGCAGGAAGCAGUACGUCUAGCAGGAGCCAAAUUGAAACCAUUUGUUGUGAAAACAGAUAAAGAAGAUGAAAGCACAUCUACGAUUGUUCAGCCUAACUUGCCCUUAUUGCCUGCGCUUCCUGGUGAUUCAGAAAUUCAGAUUAAAAAUGAAACAGUUGUUGAAACCAGCAGCAAGACAGGAACAUUUGCAGAUUCCUCCUGUGUCUUGCAUGACAUUUUGGGUGAUGUAUUUGUUACUUUAGUAGAGCCACCAAAAUCAUCCCUUGAGUUAGUACAGAUGGAAGUCAUCAAUUAUAAGAGUGAGCCAUCAAUUCCACUAAAGGCCAAUCCUUUAAACUGGUGGCGUGACCACAAGACCAAAUAUCCACAGCUGUGUGAUCUAGCUAAAUCUUUCCUCUGUAUCCCAGCCACAAGUGUGCCUUCAGAGAGGGUGUUCUCAACUGCAGGAGACAUUAUAACUGCACAACGGGCUAACCUUAAAGGAAAGCAUGUGGACACUCUGAUCUUCUUGAAAAAAAAUAUGAUAUAAGAUCAUAUAGAUUUAAAACAGUUCAAUUAAUCCAUCCAUUUACCAAUGUUCAUUGUUUAUUAUAGUUUGUUACUUUUGCGGGUUUUUUUUAUAUUCUUUUGUUUAUAAUAGUCAUUCCUGUUGAUUCUAGUCAUGAUACAGAGACACUGCUGUAUACUAAGUAUAUACUAUAUACUUACUUUUAUGUUGUUACUGGUUUCAAAAUAAAAUUUGACAUU